AGAGUGUCCACGAUCACGCUGUAGUACUUACAAAAAUCGUGCUACGAUCAUUAAAAUUAACUAAUAGCAAUGACUGAAGAGAGAGAACAAUCAUCCGAUGAAUCUACACCACAAGAGGAAGAAGUUUCCUUUAAAUCUCUGGGAGUUUGUGAUGUACUGUGCGAAGCUUGUGAAAAUCUGAAAUGGAAAUCACCUAGUAAAAUUCAGAGAGAAUCUUUACCCGUCGCAUUGACAGGAAGAGAUGUAAUUGGUUUGGCCGAAACGGGUUCUGGUAAAACUGGUGCAUUUGCAAUACCCAUCCUACAAUUCUUACUAGAUAAACCACAAAGAUUAGCAGCGCUAGUAUUAACACCUACCAGAGAAUUAGCAUUUCAAAUAUCAGAACAAUUCGAAGCUCUUGGAUCGGCUAUUGGUGUAAAAUGCGUUGUUAUUGUGGGAGGAAUAGACAUGAUGGGCCAAUCACUAAUGUUAGCUAAGAAGCCACAUAUUAUCAUCGCUACUCCUGGUCGGUUGGUUGAUCAUCUUGAAAAUACAAAAGGAUUUAAUUUAAAAGCAUUAAAAUUUCUUGUAAUGGACGAAGCUGAUCGAAUCUUGAAUAUGGAUUUUGAACAGGAAGUUGAUAAAAUAUUGAAAGUUAUUCCACGUGAAAGAAAAACCUAUCUGUAUUCUGCAACAAUGACUAAAAAAGUUCAAAAAUUGCAAAGAGCUUCUCUCAAAGAUCCUGUAAAGGUUGAAGUUAGCUCCAAAUAUCAAACUGUAGAAAAAUUACAACAAUCUUAUAUAUUUAUACCAUCUAAACAUAAAGACGUUUAUUUAGUUUCGAUUUUAAAUGAUUUAGCUGGGAACUCAUUUAUGGUUUUCUGUUCAACUUGCGCAAAUACGCAGAGAACAGCUUUGUUAUUAAGAAAUUUAGGAAUGAACGCUAUACCACUCCACGGACAACUUACUCAAAAUAAAAGACUUUCAGCUUUGAACAAAUUCAAAGCCAAGGAUAGAUCUAUCCUCUUGGCUACAGAUGUUGCUAGCCGAGGAUUGGAUAUUCCUCACGUUGAUUGUGUCAUUAACUUUGAUAUUCCAACACAUUCAAAAGAUUAUAUUCAUAGAGUGGGUAGAACGGCUCGAGCUGGAAGAGCAGGAAGAGCAAUAACAUUCGUAAGCCAGUAUGAUGUUGAACUGUUUCAAAGAAUUGAACAUCUCCUGGAUAAAAAACUACCACUAUAUGAGACUGUUGAGGAAGAAGUAAUGCUGCUAUCUGAAAGAGUUGCUGAAGCUCAAAGAUACGCCAAAUUAGAAAUGAAUGAAAAGGAUGGAAAGAAAAAGAGGAAGAAGGAAGACGCAGAUGAUACUGAAGAAUCACUAGAUGACGAAAGAGAAAAAAGCAGUCGGGAAAAUACUUUCAAAAAAUCUGUAAAGGAGGAAGAGAUUGUUGAUAGUGACAGAAAGGGAGAUUUGGAACAGAAAUACGAAGAGAAAACUCAAAAGGGAAGAAUUCUAAAAAGAUUUUACCUUAAUUGCUUUUCUGGUGAACUUGUGAAAAGAAUCAAAACUUGUAAUUUUUGUACCGAGAAAUUUUUUACUCCCAGAUAUUCACAACUACACAGACACAUGGUCAAAUAUCAUGAGGCUUUAUCUGAUAAAAUAUUCAUUGUUGAAAAAGGUAAAAUGAAAUCAAAAGACAAUGGCGAUUUCCAAGUUAUUAUGGAAGUUGAGACGAAUAAAAACAUUGUUGAUAGCAUUGAAGGAAUGGAGGAGGAUGAACUAAAAGGUGAAAUUUCGGAAGGGGAAGAAAAGAAAAUAGAAAAUAAAGAAAUUUUUCAAGAUGAAAUCAACUUAAGAUGUAAGAUAAUAGUAAGUACAAUAUUUAUCUUCAUUUACGUAGAAAGACCGUGCUAUCUUUACCAGGAGUUUGGAAGAUACUUGAAAGAGAUAGAGUUUCUAUUAGACCAAGACGUAAAUAGCACAGGAUUAUUGGAUAGUACAACGAAAACAAAGAAAAUAUUUGAGGAUCUACUAGAAGAUAUGACAUCGAGAAUUAAGAGUAUUCAGGAUGAUUUUGCAACUUCAGAUAAAGAAAUUGUUUCUGAAACUCCAAUCAGCAAGGCAAUUUGAAAUUUCACUGCAUGAAUUAUUACCAAAUUUCCGUUUCUUUUCAAAACAGAAACUAAAAUUAAGCCAUACCUGAACUAACAUCAGCUGUUUUUUAAGCAAAAUCUAUUUUUGAAGUUUUUAUGUGAAAUAUAUAUAUAAAUGUAUACAGUAUAAAUUUAUAGAGAAUAUAUCUUCUAUUUUAUCGUAAC